AUGUUGAGGAAAUAUACACAACUAAAUCAAAGUAUAUUGACAAGGAAGGCAAAUUCUAGUUUCUUUUCAAAGUCUAAUAAGGUUUGGGCAACUAAGAGAAAGCAUCUCUCAGCUGCCUUUUACAAAGAUAAAAUCAAUCAAAUCUUAAGAGGGGCAGUGGUUAUUGCUAACAAAAGAGUUAAACUCUGGCUGAGAUUAAUUGAAGAAGGUGAGCCAGUUGUGAAUUUGAACAAAGAAAUGAAUGAUCUUAUUGAUGAUGUAGUUUAGAUAUGCGUCUUUGGAUAGUCAUCACUUAAAAAAUCACUAGUUUUCAAGAAGAACGGUUAAGAAACUGUAGUUUCCCUUGGUAGAUUCAUUAGACUUUUAUCUGAGAAGAUAUUCUCAAGGUUUGCAAGUUUGUUCAGGCUAUUUACUAAUAUUUUUGACUAUGCAGCUCUCAAUAAGCAAGAGAGAGAAGAUUUUGAUAAUGCUAAAUAUCUAAGAGAGUUCACAAAGGGACUUAUUGAUGAAAGAAGAAAGGAAAUGGAAAAACCAGACUUUUAAUCAUAAGGAGACUUCCUUACUUUAAUCCUGCAAGAUUCAUACUUUUAAGAUGACAAAGAUAUAAUUGAUGAAGUUAUGGGGUUUAUGACUGCAUCAAAUGUUACCACAUCUAUAGCUAUGACAAAUAUCAUCUUCUAUCUUACAAAAAGUCAAGAAUCUUUUAGAAAGGUAAGAGAAGAAUUCAGAUCUGUAUUAAAGGUUGAAAAAUCAGUAACAGCCUUAACUGAUUUAUAAUGGGCUGAUCUUUUGUCCUACGAGAACUUGAAUAUGUGCAACUAUCUUAUCUACUGCAUCAAUGAAACAAUGAGGAUUGAUCCUUCAUCAAGGCUAUCAACUAACCAUGUAUUUACUGAAAAGAUAACUAUAGGUGGAAUAUCUAUUCUCCCUGAAACUGAUUGGCAUAUCAACUUCUAUUAUCUACAAAAUAACCCAAAAGAAUGGAUUUAACCAGAACAAUUCAUUCCAGAAAGAUUUGAUCCUUAGAGCCCAUACUACCUGACACCUGCUGGGAAGAAAAGAAGUACUUUCUCUUUUGGACCAUUUUUCGGGGGUAGAAGAAUUUGCUUGGGAAAAACAUUUGCUGAAAAUUUGAUGAGAUGCUUAGUCUAGGUCAUUGUUAAUUAGAUAGACUUUGAAUUUGAAGAUAAGGAAUUAGAAAAAAGAAAACCUAUAAACUCAAUGUUAUAAGACGAACCAUGCUUUAAGUUUAGAUUAAAGAGAUACAAAUAAAAUUGA